AGUAAAUGCACCGAGGCCACCAACCUUAACCUAACCGCUUCACCUCAACAAACAUAUUUGUCGUUGAAAAUACCAUUUUCCGUUAUAAAAACAUACAAAUUAAACCCAAAAAGCAAAUAAAUCUUUGUCAAUGGGUCAGACUCUUUCAGAACCCGUGACGGACAAGCACUCGCUGGAGGGCGGCAAUGAGCACGUUGUUUUUGGCAUCUCCAGCAUGCAGGGAUGGCGUAUCUCCAUGGAGGAUGCUCAUUCCGUAGCUCUUCACAUGAAAAACAAAACUGUUGAGGAGGCUAUCGACUUUUUUGCUGUUUAUGACGGUCAUGGAGGAGACAAGGUUGCAAAUUGGUGCGGUGAACAUCUUCCUAAGCUUCUUGAGCAGAGCGAGGAUUUCCAGAAGGGAGAUUUUGAGGCUGCAUUGAAGCAGACCUUUGUUGAAGCAGACAAGACUAUUCUUGAAGACGAACGAUUCCAUACGGACCCUUCGGGUUGUACGGCUACUGUAAUUUUGCGUGUUGGUCGAAAGCUUUACUGUGCUAACGCUGGUGAUUCUCGGACAGUACUUGGGGCUCGUGGUGUCGCAAAGCCUCUGUCUGUGGAUCAUAAACCUUCCAAUGAUGAAGAAAAGGCUCGUAUUUGUGCCGCAGGUGGUCGUGUCGACUUUGGCCGUGUGAAUGGCAAUCUCGCACUUUCACGGGCUAUUGGAGACUUCGAGUUCAAGAGCUCUGACUUGCCCCCUGAAAAACAGAUCGUAACUGCAGUCCCAGACGUCGUUUGUCAUGAGCUGACUGAUGAUGACGAGUUCGUUAUUCUUGCUUGUGAUGGCAUCUGGGAUUGCAAGACCUCUCAACAGGUUGUGGAAUUUGUUCGCCGAGGCAUUACAGCACAUUUGCCUCUUCAAAAAAUAGCCGAGAACUUGAUGGACUGCUGUGUUGCCACAGACGCAGAAACGACUGGUCUCGGUUGUGACAAUAUGACUGUUUGUAUUGUGGGUCUGUUGAACAACAUGUCCGUAGAGCAAUGGAUGGACGAAAUCGCAAAGCGAGUUGAAAAUAAUGACGGUCCUUGUGCACCUCCAGAGUACGCUGAACUACCUGGAUCAGGCUGGACUAAUCGUGAACAGGACCUACCAAAUGUAAACAUGCCAUUCCGCAUUCGCCGCGUUGAUAUGGAUGCAUCGCUCUCAGUCAAUGACAAAAACGCUUCGGAAGAUGCAGCUGCUAAGGAUUCUGAGAUGUUGCACGCUGAUUCCUCUUUGGCCGCUGGUUUUCGUUUGAAAGAACACUUUUUUCCUUUGAGCUCGAGCAAUUCUCGAGUUGUUGAAUCUCCACUGCCUUCUAAUGCUCCAGCUGUGGAGUCGCUUGAGAACACUGACUAAUGUUCUUGUGUGGUAACUUCUUGCUGUAAUGAUAAUGUCGAGAGCAUCAUGUGAGUGCGUUUGUUAUUUCCGUCCUUCACUCUUUUAGAAGUUGUUGUAGUUUACCCGCUCUUUUGUGCUUGUGACCUGCCAAAACGUUUAUUAUAUCUCUCCUCUUGUCUUCAGAGCAGCUGGGGCGUUGUUAUCUAGUUGAUAUUUCAGCAGUUCCAUAACAAGCGUUAGGUGAACGUUGCUGUCUGAAUCAAUUAUUAUCAGGACGCUGUAUCCAUCACAAAAGAACACACUAACAUACACACACACACACACGCACACACAUGCAUUACAUCUCUCUUCGUAAAUGGAAUCAAAUAUGGGUUUUAUGUAUCUGCACUGAAGCCACUGGUUUCUGUCACAAUUUAACAGCGCUGCGGGCGUUUUGUGUCGAUUUUACAAGGUUGUUUCUUUGGCAUUAACUUCAGAGGCUUAUUAUUUUUUCAAAAUUGAGACUAAACAGUUAUGAUUAGCCUGCUUAAUUUUCUUCUCUGUUCCUUCCCACAAGUUAUUUGGAUUGGUAGUGACACCCUCGGUUUGGGUGAUUGAUUGAUUGAUUGUUAUGAACAAAACUGUGAAAUUUAUAUGAUGUAAAUGUUAGGGUCAAGAAUCAUGCUUUUGUUACAGUAAUUUUGUUCCUCGUUGAUGCUGAGUACGAGGGAGGCUGUGUGCAAGGCGAUGCUUUUCAUAAUACCAGUUGGUUUAUUAAUGAUCAGGAUGCAUUGUUUUAUGUUCAUCUUUCAAGUAUUUAUUUGACAGAGUGAACAUAAAUGAACGGUCCGUGUUUACUACAGAAGGUUAUCGCUGUCUGGGGCUUUUCUUUGAGGUUCAAUGAGUCUAAUUAUGUCGUGUGUACUAGUUUAUUGCUUCUCGUUGAAAGUACGAUGUAUUGAGUAUUAGUGA